GAACAUUCAAAUUCAUCAUUUUUAUCAAAUACGAACUUGCUUCUGAGACCAUUGACAUUGAAAACCCUAUCAAAGUCGUCUUCUUGGAUGUAUAAAAAAAAUCUAAAUUGUCUCUCUCCCAUUCUUUUCCGCUAAUAACUCAGUUUUCUUCUCUAUUACUAGCAGCAUUCAGUUUUGGGGUCUUUUGUUUUUUUGGAUUGUUUUGGAAUCUCAAUUGGGUUGGUCGACAUGGGUUUGACAAAAACAUUGCUUUUAUUGGUGUUUUCUUGUCACAGAUAUAUCCUUUUACUUGGAUACUGCAGCAUGGCCGGUGAAGGUCAGCAAAUCUCAUUACUUGAUGGAAAAGAAGACAAAUUUGGUGGUGUUGAGGUGAAUUUGAUGGAAGUGGAAUCCAUGACUGUUGAUGAUUUUGAUACAAAGCUUGAUCUUUCACUCAAGGCAUGGAAGGAUCAGGGGAAGAAGGGGAUUUGGGUAAAGCUGCCUCGUGAGCGUUCGAGUCUUGUUGACACGGCAAUCAAGAAAGGGUUUACAUACCAUCAUGCCGAGAAUGAAUACGUGAUGCUUACCUCUUGGCUCGGGGAGGAACCUAGCACUCUUCCUGCUAAUGCUUCUCAUCGUAUUGGGAUCGGUGCUUUUGUGCUAAACAAGAACGGAGAGAUGCUCGUGGUUCAAGAGAACAGUGGAUAUCUCAAAGAUAGAAAUGUGUGGAAGGUGCCUACCGGUACUAUUAAAGAGGGUGAGAGUAUAUGGGCUGGAGCCAUUAGGGAAGUGAAAGAAGAAACUGAUAUUGAUACAAAAUUUGUAGAAGUCCUGGCUUUCAAGGAAAGCCACCAAGCAGUCUGGCAAAGAAAAACGGAUAUAUUUUUCGUGUGUGAGUUGGAAGCAAGCACUUUUGAAAUCAAGAUACAAGAAUCUGAGCUCUCUGCUGCUAAGUGGAUGCCGGUUGAGGAAUACGUAAACCAACCCUUUCACGCCGAGGAGGGGAAAGAGAUGUUUAAGUUAAUAGCUAACAUCUGCUUAAAGAGGUCGAAGAAGGAGUACAUGGGUUUCCACAAUGUCCACACUACAAAAUCAUUGAAGGAGAGCCUUUACUGUAGUGCCGAUCAGUCCGCCAACCUCCUGAGCGAGACGUGUGACGAAGCCUCAACUUCCACCUCUCUCUGACAAAACUCUCGUCAUAACAUGUUUCUGUUUCUUUUGCUUGAGUUUUUUGUUUAUUGAAGAAAAAUGAAAUCGUUUCCUCUAUAAGUCUAAACGUCUGUCUCGGAGAAUAGACAUGUCUGUGAAGAUGCGGACUAGCUGUUGCCUUGGAGAUCCACGUUUAUUGAGCCACAUCAUAUCA